GGGGGCUCCGUGACUCGGGCAGCGUGAGCGCGAUUUGGCGAACGGCGAUUGAUUGGCCCUGUGGCUGCUGGGGCGCGCGGGAGGAAGAACACGCCGAGUGAUUUGCCUGAAAGUGUAAAAAUGUAAAUUAGAAAUUCGGAUUAUCUCAUUCGAAACCGUUUGUCAAAAAAAAAGUGCAAAAGUCUUGACAAUUUUUCGCCGAACAUAUUUUCAGACAUUGAAAAUUGAGCAUAAAUUGUUUAAAAAGUGAAAUACACCAAUAUCUCAGUGUAAACAGUAUAAAUAGGUAAAUAAAAGAAAUUAUUCUGUAACAAAAAACAAAAACAAAAACAAAAAAAGAUGAAAGUCGACGGUCUACCCGACAGUGUUUCUGUGUAACGAUAAUUUCGAUGGCCAUUCACCUCUCGCAUAUUAAGUUAAUGAGAGUACAUUGAUACCAAGUGUGGGUGUAUUAAGGAGUUACCAUACUACCCUCGAUCUUCACCUGCCCCUCAUAUUGAUACCCUGGAAGUGUUAACGUGUGAAUACGCCCGCUCCAAAUGUUACUUCUAGCCUAUGUACACUCCGUUCUGCUUCGCUAGCUGCAUGGAGGCCCCGGGCGAGAGCCGCAUCCCGACGGUGCGGCGGUCUGGCCUCCCUCGUCCCUCCUCGGCCGUUUCUAGACUCCAGCUCAGUGGUGUUCAGUACAAGCCGGGCGACCCCGCGCCCAUCGCCCAAGCCCGCACCCACAUUGUUGAUCCUGCCGCCCACAUCUACGAAGGCGCCCCCCAGCACCACACCAGCCCCGCUCACCACAUCCCCGCAGGCCAGGCCGUUGUCCCCCGCCUCAGACUCUCAUCCGGGAAGGUCGUUCGAUACUCCGACGGGGACAUUCUAGAGGCCCACAGCCGAAGGGCCUCCCGACCCUCCUCCACCGGCAGCCGACUCAGCUACCCUUACUCCAGCGGCGAGAGCUGGGUGGACGAGGACCGGGUAUGGGGUAGGGAGCGGCACAGAGGUCUACGAGCCUCCACCGAGUCGGCCUUCUCGAGACAGCUGGCCAAGAUCACUCGGGGCUCCGAGGAGGACGUUAGCGACCCGAGUCUCACUUACCGCGUCUCGAGCGUCCUCGGGGCUCGCACCUGCUGGGACGGGCCUCUGCUGCACGCCGCCGUCGAGCCGCACUCUAAGUACCCGACCCAAGAGAGCGUGGGGCGGCGGGUGGUCGUGGCAGGGACGGAGCAUGGGACCCUGCGCUACUUCGGCCGGACCGCGUUCGCGAGUGGCGAGUGGUGCGGCAUAGAGCUCGAGCGACCUGUCGGCAAGAACGAUGGCUCUGUAAACGGUGUUAUAUACUUCUCGUGUCGGCCGGACUACGGGAUCUUCGCGCCUGCAAGUAAAGUGUUCCUAAUUCUCGACGAAAUCGGCGGCAACGAUGCGAGAUCUGUAAACGUAGCGAACAGCGGUAAAGGUCAGAUUUGGCAAGGCUUAAUGCCGUCCUCUACACAAACUCAGGAACCCAAUGCUGUCCGGCGCCGGCCGUCAGACGCAUCCAAUGCCACCUACACCAUCGAGGGGCGUGACUCCUCGGUUCCGAACUCACCCGAGAGUCAAGAAUCUCUCCAGACUCGCGACUUCACCCAAACGAAAGGAAGAUCAGCCUGUCAUGACGAGCACGAAGACGACGUGGCGAGUCUCGGCUCGCCGGAGGAUGCCACUUGCGACGAGUCCUCGCUGGGCAUCCUCACUCCAGACCAAAUGCCAGACUUCACAGUCACUGCCUCCGCUUCCCUCGGCAGAUCUCCCUCCGACGAGGACGUGGCAGCGCUAGAGGACGAGGUCUGCGACGCUUCUCUGCCGGCGGAAGCCUCUGGGCGGGAGGUGCCGCUGGUGCGCUGGGACUCUGAGCAGAGCAUGAGCGGGGUCGUGGACGAGGAGCUCUUCAAGAAGGACGUGUCGGCCAUCAUCCGCGAACUUCGGACAUCCGCCGAGGUCAGUUCCUCCAACAGCAGCUCCCCCACACGACCUCAUCCUUCGCCCGAGACUGAACAGUUCCAGCACGACGAGGAGGAAGCAGAAAAACAACAAAAGAAAGAGGACGAAAAGGAAGAGGAGAAGAAGAAGGUCGAACUUCAGCAGAUUCAAGAGCACAAAGAUCAAGAAGAGGCAAUCCACGAGGAGGACCAGAGUGAGACCAUUCACGAGCUUCGGGGAGUGCCCAUAGGCGUUGACCUGUCGCGACUCCCGGCCAUGGCACGGCGAGUGGCACCGCUCACCACGCGGCUUCUCCUCGCUUCGUCGACCACGGGCGAGGCAGCGCCUGACGUCGAGGCGGCCUGGAGCGGCAGUGCGGCGGCCAUGACCACCAGUGCGGGCAGCCUCGACCAGGGGUAUCAGGGCGAUGCCGAGUGCGACCCCCGCUCCGAGGGCGGCACUGGCACUGCCUCCUCCCCUACGGAGGACGUCCGGCUGUUCCAGGGCGUGAUCGACGUGGAGAGGCUCACGGAGGGAGAUGUCAGCUUGGCAGAUGACGAGGCCGAGGCGGACCAUGGCCAGGUGACGGCGAGAGACAGAACCGCUCGGAUCAUAGACGGAAAGCUGUACCAUAACCACCGCGAGCUCGGGCGCCCGCACGACCCCCACGCCUCGGAGAUGGACUCCUCCGGCUUCUACUCGGACCUGGACCCCCGAGACCGCGAGGCCGAGGACGAGAGCGCCAGAACUGACCUUGAGCCGGUGCAAGAAGCUCUCGGAAACUCAAGCCUCCAUGACUCUCUUCUGGACGACCACCUUCAGGACGACAACACUCACAAUGACCACACCUUAGACGACCACUCCCUGAAGGACGACCUGACGUACAACAAAGACGCGAGCGUAGCAGUGGACGAGGAGGACCGAAGCUCGGCCAGCACGCUUCGCCCGGAGAGUAAAGACCUGACAUCCAUCGAGAACACGGACCGCUCGUACGCCCCCUCGCCCACCGAGCCCAAGCAGACCUCGCCGACGCCCGGCGAAAACGUCCAACUGACCUCGCUAGGCGGGACCAAGAGCGAGCUCGCAGUGAUCACUGCGGAAGCCAAGCUCACCGACUCGGGGAUUUACGUGGAGGCCGCCGAGGACCCAACGAAGGAGCAGCAGCAGGCUCCCAAGGUCAGGACAUACGAAAAGCCGUGGCUGUCCCGCCCGCCACCGCCCAAGAAGAAAGAGGAGGUCCGCAAGCAUCUCCCUCCGCCGCCUCCCAUGCCGAAGAAGAACGUGCAGUCGAAACUGAAGGCCAUGCUGGAGGCGCAGGAGCCCGUGUCGGAGGAGACGCGCCGGCAGCGACAGCCCCGCAAGAACCGCUGGGACGCUGUCAUGAACAAGAUCGCCGAAGGCCAGAAGGACGAGAGGGUGCGUCCUAGAAUCGAGGUGAAGAGUCGACUCCUCGAGGGGCUCAAGACACAAGCACAACUCUCGCCUCAGGCAGAGAAAAUCCGCCAGGAGCGAAGGGAGAGACGAGAACGACGAGAGCGCCAGGCGGCGGCCGCGGCCGUGGCUGCCAGGCGCGUCAGCCAGGUCAGGAGCGACAGGAAGAGGAGCUCCGCCAGUAUCCGAAGUAAUCGAACAAGUCGAGCACCUUCGCUCGACUCCUUACCGACCGAUCCGACACGAACUUUGAGCCGAGGAUCCACGCCGGACCAGUCUGAAGCGUCUAACAAAUCGAAUUUGGACAAGCUGGCAACCACGUCUCGCCCCGUGUCCCCUUGUCCCAGUGACGUCAGCUCCUCCUCUGACCUAUCACAUGCGUCCAACCUGUCACGUGUCUCGUCUCGGCUGCCAAUCAGGGCGUUGCAUGCGUCAGGCCCCGCCCGCACGAGCUCCAUCACUUCCUUGUGUUCCACAGCAUCCGGCGGAGGGUCCAGAGGGUCGAGGGAGUCCCGCGUCCUCACGUCUGCCCGCGCCUCCACGACCACAGCGGAGAAGAAGAGGCAGGAGGCCGCCCCACCUCCAAGACGACCCCGCCUUGAUAAUAUCAAGUCCACCAUUCCCAAACCUGGCAGGCUUCCACCCAGGAAAGUAACAGGUGAGUACAUGAGCAGAUAAUGUGGUGUUUUUUUA